GGGCGGAGGGCCCAGUUCGCAUGCGCGGGGUGGUGCUGGGGGUGGGGCGAGCGGCUGCCUGGCGGAUUCGCGCGGGUGUUGAGAGUGGCCAGCGAAGGCAGUGUUCGCCGCCCCUCAGCCCAGGUCUCUGCGCCGCCGCCGCCGCCUGCGUUUCGGUUUGUGAGCAGGCCCGGCCCGGCCGGGAGCGAAAGCGAGACCGUGGAGCAGUCGCCGCCACAGUCGCCAGGGCCGGGGAAGGCGGGCGAUGCCCCCAACCGCCGCUCGGGCCAUGUCCGAGGGGCGCGCGUGUUGUCGCCGCCGGGGCGCCGCGCCCGCCUGUCGUCCCCCGGGCCCAGCAGCUCGUCCGAGGCCCGCGAGGAGCUGCGCCGCCGCCUCCGGGGCCUCAUUGAGCGCAGCCGGGUGAUAAUCUUCAGCAAGAGCUACUGUCCCCACAGUACUCGGGUGAAAGAACUCUUUUCUUCUUUGGGAGUCGAAUGUAACGUCUUGGAACUUGAUCAAGUUGAUGGGGCCAAGGUUCAAGAAGUGCUGUCAGAAAUCACUAAUCAGAAAACUGUGCCCAAUGUUUUUGUGAAUAAAGUGCAUGUAGGUGGAUGUGACCAAACUUUCCAGGCAUAUCAGAGUGGUUUGUUACAGAAGCUCCUUCAGGAAGAUUCAGCAUAUGAUUAUGAUCUCAUCGUUGUUGGUGGUGGUUCUGGCGGCCUUUCAUGUGCGAAGGAAGCUGCCAUUUUGGGAAAGAAAGUUAUGGUGCUAGACUUUGUUGUCCCGUCACCUCAGGGCACAUCCUGGGGUCUUGGUGGCACUUGUGUAAAUGUAGGUUGUAUUCCUAAGAAAUUGAUGCAUCAGGCUGCCCUUUUGGGGCAGGCAUUGUGUGACUCAAGGAAAUUUGGCUGGGAGUAUAAUCAACAAGUGAAGCACAACUGGGAGACGAUGACAAAAGCAAUUCAGAACCACAUCAGCUCUCUAAACUGGGGCUACAGGUUGUCUCUGAGGGAAAAGGCUGUGGCCUAUGUCAAUUCCUAUGGAGAGUUUGUUGAACAUCAUAAAAUAAAGGUGACCAAUAAAAAAGGACAGGAGACUUAUUAUACUGCUGCACAGUUUGUCAUAGCAACGGGUGAAAGGCCACGGUACUUAGGAAUCCAAGGAGAUAAAGAAUACUGUAUUACUAGUGAUGACCUUUUUUCUCUGCCUUACUGCCCUGGCAAAACAUUAGUGGUGGGUGCCUCUUAUGUCGCCCUGGAGUGUGCAGGGUUUCUGGCUGGCUUUGGCCUAGAUGUCACAGUUAUGGUACGCUCAAUCCUUCUCCGUGGCUUCGACCAAGAAAUGGCAGAAAAAGUGGGUUCCUACAUGGAGCAGCAUGGUGUGAAGUUCCUACGGAAAUUCAUACCUGUGAUGAUUCAACAGUUGGAGAAAGGUUCACCUGGAAAGCUGAAAGUAUUGGCUAAAUCCACGGAAGGAACAGAAACAAUUGAAGGAGUCUAUAACACAGUUUUGUUAGCUAUUGGUCGUGACUCCUGUACAAGGAAAAUGGGCUUGGAGAAGAUUGGCGUCAAAAUUAAUGAGAAGAGUGGAAAAAUACCUGUAAAUGAUGUGGAACAGACCAGUGUGCCAUAUGUCUAUGCUGUUGGGGAUAUUUCGGAGGGUAAGCCAGAGCUCACUCCUGUCGCCAUACAGUCAGGCAAGCUGCUAGCUCGGAGACUUUUUGGGGCCUCUUUAGAAAAGUGUGAUUAUGUUAAUGUUCCGACUACGGUGUUUACUCCUCUGGAGUAUGGUUGCUGCGGAUUAGCUGAAGAAAAAGCUAUUGAAGUAUAUAAAAAAGAGAAUCUAGAAAUAUAUCAUACUUUGUUCUGGCCUCUUGAAUGGACAGUAGCUGGCAGAGAGAACAACACUUGUUACGCAAAGAUAAUCUGCAAUAAAUUAGACCAUGAUCGGGUGAUAGGAUUUCAUAUUCUUGGACCAAACGCCGGUGAGGUUACCCAAGGAUUUGCAGCUGCAAUGAAAUGUGGGCUCACAAAACAGCUACUUGAUGACACCAUUGGAAUUCACCCCACAUGUGGGGAGGUGUUCACGACUUUAGAAAUCACAAAGUCGUCGGGACUAGAUAUCACUCAGAAAGGCUGCUGAGGCUAGGCCUGCUGCUGUUUGGUUUUCCUUGUCAUAUUCUCAUUUCUCUCAAAGUUAAGAACACUCUUGGAUAACAUGAACCUGUGCUCAUGACAGCUGCUCUGUUACUCAGGGACCAGUGCAGGGCUGCCUUACAACACUGAGAUGAGAAAGUAGAUGAGGAGACAGGACAGCAGUGGGCAUCUGCCUUGUAGUUUUGCUGACUGCGAGAAGCAGUGGGACUGCUUCCUUGACGCCUUAGCUUGGAGCCCUGUUGUGAGGUGAGCCAAGGCCGACUCUCGCAAGCCAAGACUGAGCUUCCCUCGGAAAGACCUUUGAGUGGCACCAUUCAUCUAAGUUAGCUUUUCUGGUCGCCAUUGUUUUCAUCCCCUUUGCUUUGUUGUUUCUAUGAAAAUAUAUUUUCAGUUAUGAAACUCUAUAAAGUGAUGGUUUUCUAGUGUGUUGGCCUAGAAUUCACACAUACUCACUGGUGAACAGUGUCUGUGGGCUGCAUUUGGAUAGCUGUCUGCAGAGGACCAUGUGCAUUAGCAGGAAGCUGUACACACUGUGUAAGGUUAGUCAUCUCUUUUCUUUUUUGAGGCACAUUUAACCUACUGUUAAAAUGCUGACUCGUGCUUCACACUCACACGUAUUACUUGGUGGUGAUAACCUUGAAGCUAUUCUCCCCUAAUUAAUAUCUCUACUCUGAACAAAAUAUCUCAUGUAAUAUAAAAGUACUUGAAUUGCUUUUUCAUGUUGAUCUUAAUAGUAAUAUUUCCAAAAGUUCUUAAUACUGUAUUAUGUGAAAUCUAACUAAUUUAACUGUGAAAUAAUUCUAUCACAGUCUAUUUAAUGAUGGUCAGGUUCCAUAAAUGAAUACAGGUAAUAUUAAGUGGUUGCAUGAGAAUUUACAAACUUGUCAGCAUUUCAGAGGUCCUUGAAGACAGAGGCCCAUCCACGGUCCUUUUGGAAAACCUCUGUUUUCUUGAGUAUGCCACACAGUAGCCAAUGCAAGGCUCUUUUAAGCCACUUGCUCUCAUGAGCCACACUAGCUGUUUAGCUUAAGAUUGGAUAGACUGGGGUCAGAAUUUCUAGCCAUUUGUCUUAAAAGACAAAUGUUAAGCCAACAGUUAGGAACACUGUUUGUAGACAGGCAUUUUGCUACCCUUUCUGGAGGCAGGGAAUGGAGCAGUGGGGUAGUGGGACUGGGAACCCAAAGAAAACUGACAUAGGACCUAGUUAUAGAGUGGCUUUUUUCUUUGGGAGAAAAAAAUACAAAUGUAUCUUAAAGGUGUAAAGUAUGUUGGGGUAAUUGCUAUCCCUGUGGCAGAAACAGUGCAGCAGGAGGCAGAGGGAGAUGUUACUAAUUUCUAUUGGCUAUGGGGCAGGGGUAGGGUGAUUGAACAGAGUUUAAUGAAAGUAGCCAUAUUUGAGCUGAAUUGCAGGAGACAAAAGGAUUUUAAAGAUUAGAAGCAAUAUGGAGAGGGUAUGAUUAAUGCUUUCAACAGACUUGAUUUAAAUACUUGAUAAAAUAUAUUUUUAAUAA